GCCCCAGAGCUAACAAAGAUUUUCCAACCCCUGUGACAUCAGCUCAUAUAUGAAGGUGAAGGGGGGAAAACAGACAAUGUGUUUGAUUAGUGUUCACGUGAAGUAGCCUACUGUAAUAGUUUGACUUUUUUUUAAGAGUUCUUCAAACUUUGUUGCAUCAUUAGCAAGGGAAAGCAGAAAUCUACUUUCCACUGGUUCUGUCACAUACAAGCUCCUUUUGAUAACCAAACCAGACCUGAAACAAUGAAUACAUCUGUUGGAGAUGGAACUGACAACUGUAGUACCCCCAGAGACUACCAGUUCUACUUCUUCCCAGCCGUCUACAGUCUGGUGAUGGCACUGGGCCUGCCAGGCAACGUGGGAGCCCUCUAUGUGUUCAUCUUCAAGAUAACUCCCCGCACCUCCUCUAACGUGUUUGUCAUUAACCUGGCCCUCGCUGACACCACCUUCCUUUGCACCCUGCCCUUCAAGAUCCACUGCCACCGCAACAGCAAUGACUGGGUAUUCGGAGAUGUGGCCUGCAGCAUCACAGGAACACUGUUCUUCGCCAACAUCUACAUCAGCAUCGCCUUCAUGACCUGUAUCUGUGUGGAUCGAUAUGUGGCCGUCGCCUAUCCUCACACUUAUCUGAGGCUCCGGAACUCACGUUGCACUGUACUGGUGAGUGCAGCAGUGUGGGUGGUGGCGGGGGCAGCUGUUCUGGCCUUCAUCCUAGUGGGACCUCUGGACAGCCAGCACCGUAGCUGCUUUGAAAACUUCUCCCAGAAAGAGUGGGACAGGCGUCUGGUGCCAUACAGCAUAUUCAGUCUCGUCGUCGGCUCGCUACUGCCCUCUGUGGUCAUCCUGGUGUGUUACCCUCUGGUGGCACGGCGCAUCGCUCUCAUCCGGACCAACACAGCCCGCGGAGCCCUGAGGGUCAUCUACACAAUCCUAGUUAUCACCCUACUCUGCUUCCUGCCCUACCACGUGGUUCACUUCCUGCAUCUGCUCCGCCGUCUAGGGGUCAUCCAGCACUGUCCCUAUGCAAACGCCAUCUACAAUGCCCGGCGAGUGACAAUGGCCCUCGUCAGCCUCAACAGCUGUCUGGACCCCCUGCUCUACUACUUCACCACCAGUCACUGUAAGUGGAGUCCCUCCAAGGCCAGGUUCAGAUGGCUGUGGGAUAGGAGGACCAUGGGAGUCUACACCAUCGCUGUGAGACCGUGAUGCUUUUGCUUGCUCUGACUACUAAUGAAAUGACAUGCAUUUUAUGUUCCGCUCAUAAACUCUGAAGGCUCGUGGUGAAGCAUUGUUUUCCUUACCGUGUACUGUAAACCACCAAUUAUUUUGUAUACCUUUACAUGUACGCCAUGUAAAUAUAGCAUUUACAUCUUCCCUUAUGUUCAUCACUUUAAAAGACCCAGUGCACUUAAAAACCGUGAUUUUCCUGUCAUGUACAGUACCAGUCAAAAGCUUGGACACACUCAUUCAAGGGUUUUUCUUUAUUUGUAAUAUUUUCUACAUC